GCUGAGAUCAUUGACGUGCUGAGAUCGUUUUCGUGAAUGCGUUGUUUAUAUCAUUAAUAAAACAACGUUUUGCGAGUUAACAAUACAUUUCAUAAAAUGAAAUGAUUUCACAGUAUUAAUUUACAAGUGUAGUGUGUGAAAAUACUGUCGAAAAUGUAAUCGUAUAUAGUGGACAUAAUUUUCGGUGUUAACGAUUUUUCUUUGCAAUUAUUUGUAUGUACUUGAGGGUUUAUCUUAUCGUAUAUAGAAAAUUUUAUCUACGGUGUAUUAGUUUUUUUUAUCAUCGUUUAGUGUAAGGGGGAAUUUAUUAGAAGAAAUGGAUAAUUUAAAGUUUUACUUUGUCACCUGGAAUGUGGCGACACGAUCGCCAGGGCAGGACCUCAAUGCCCUGCUUGACUUCCCUUCUCAGUUCAACAAGAACAAACCUCUGCCGGACUUCUAUGCCAUUGGGCUACAGGAAGUAAAGUCGCAGCCACAGAAUAUGUUAAUGGAUUCGCUUUUCACCGACGCGUGGACGUCAACCUUUAACAAGAUACUCUGCAGACAAGGGUAUAUCAUUGCGAAGAGCACCAGGCUCCAAGGAAUCUUACUACUCAUCUACACUCAGAUGAAACAUGUUACGCAUCUGAGGGACAUUGAGGCACAGUACACGAAAACUGGAUUAGGUGGGAUGUGGGGCAACAAGGGCGCUGUCAGCAUACGGUUUAACAUCUACGGAUGUUCCGUAUGUAUAGUGAAUUGCCAUUUGACAGCGCACGAGCAUCUCCUAGCUGACCGCGUGAACGACUACAACACGAUCAUAAAACAACACGUGUACCAUGUCAACGAGACAUCAAACAUACUCUAUCACGAGUGAGUAUUUUGUUUGUUUUAUUGCGAAGUC